UAACAUUUUCAGUCGAGAGGUGCGAAAAUCGAUUGUUCAAAAUGGUUUUCAACUUUCGCGUUUUCAAAAAACAAUCCCCAAAUGGAAAACUUACCAUGUAUUUGGGAAAGAGAGAUUUUGUGGAUCACAUUUCUGGAGUAGAACCAGUUGACGGUGUCGUUGUAGUAGACAACGAAUACAAAGAUCGCAAAAUUUUCGGUCAAGUAAUUUGCAGUUUUCGAUAUGGCCGAGAAGAAGACGAAGUAAUGGGGCUAAAUUUCCAGAAAGAUCUCUUUCUGGCAUCCGAACAGAUCUAUCCACCACCUGAAAAGUCAGUCAAUACCAAAAUGCAGGAUAGAUUGCUGAAAAAGUUGGGAGAAAAUUGUUAUCCGUUUACCUUUACGUUACCGCCAAGUGCACCUGCUUCAGUGACUCUGCAGCCUGGUACCGAUGAUGAAGGUCAACCGUGCGGGGUCCACUACUACAUCAAAAUUUUCGUAGGAGAAAAUGAAACCGACCGCACUCACAAAAGAGGAACCGUCACUAUGGGCAUAAGAAAAGUUCAAUACGCUCCUUCUAAGCAAGGAAGACAACCAUGUACAGUAGUCCGCAAAGACUUCAUGAUGAGUCCUGGAGAACUUGAACUCGAAGUUACAUUGGACAAACAGCUUUAUCAUCAUGGCGAAAAAAUUGCUGUUAACAUUUGUAUAAGAAAUAACAGCAAUAAAGUUGUAAAGAAAAUCAAAGCGAUGGUACAGCAGGGAGUAGAUGUUGUUUUAUUUCAAAAUGGACAGUACAGAACAUCGGUAGCCAGCAUGGAAACUCAAGAAGGCUGUCCGAUUCAACCAGGUUCAAGUUUACAGAAAGUGAUUUAUCUCCUACCGUUGCUUUCGUCCAAUAAAGACAGACGAGGUAUUGCUUUAGAUGGCCAACUUAAAAAGCAAGACACUAAUUUGGCUUCUACAACGUUAUUAGCAUCACCUGAUCAAAGGGACGCUUUUGGUAUUAUUGUAUCGUAUGCUGUAAAAGUCAAAUUGUACCUUGGAGCACUUGGAGGUGAACUUGCUGCUGAAUUACCCUUCGUUUUAAUGCAUCCAAAACCGGACGUCAAAGGAAAAUUCAUUCACGCUGACAGCCAAGCUGAUGUAGAGCUGUUCAAGCAAGAUACCCUAGAUCAAGAAGCUGACGAAGAAAUAUAAAUAUUAAAAAAAAAUAAGUCUGAAAUAAGUUUGUAUUAAGCUGUUAAAUAUUUUAUUAUAAUUUAAUAUGUAAAGGAUUUAAAAUAAAAAUAUGGAAGUUUAA